AUGGACGGAAUUGGACCUGAAGUUGAAGUGUUCGCGAACAUUCUCGACGAUUGUCUCGCGGAUCAAGGUACCGAUGAGGACAAACGCGCAAGGGUCUUGGGGCUGGUAAACGCAUACCACGACUAUGCCGCCGAAAAGCUGUCGCAGUUGCGCGAACCACGCCGUCAGGGUUCAAUUGGCGACAACGAAAUGGACGUGGACGAGGAAGAAGAAGCAGAAUCUGCGACAAGCUCAGAAGAGAUUCGAGCGUGGCAGCAAGAGAGACAGACGUGGGAUCUUAUCCGUCGCCUGAUUCCGAUCAGACACUCUGUCCAAGACUUGACGAGCAAGCAAACUACGAACAUUGGAGGUGAUCUUUGGAAGGCAUUUCUCGCAAACGAUCAAUCGGCCAUGGAGAGGAAGGCUAUUCUCGAAUGGUUACAAGAGGGCGCGAGAGCUGGCUCCGACAUCGACGACCUCGUUCGAGAACUGCAGCAAAACGCCGAUAGAGGAGAUAUUAUUGCCCACGGGUGGAUACACACGAGGUCCGCCAUCAAGCUGCAGAAGAGUGUGAUUGGUUCUGCGCGCCCGCUUGACGUACAUUUUCCCGAGGUUGCGCGCUCUCUCGUCAACUCUGACAGGGCGCCACUCGUUUCCGAGCUAGACCCAGACUCUGUGGUUAGACAGGGUCGGAAGUUGGAGCCACAGGAUGAGUACUUUGAGAGGGCUAUUUGGGUCGGCUGCUUCCAGCUUCUCCGACGGGGCUGCAGUUUAGAAGCUACGCGGGAGUGGUGCUUGGAGAGGACCGAAGUCUGGAGGGCUGUGUCCAUGUCCGCCUUACCUCUCGCAAGUGGCAAUGGGGAGACGAGCCUUGUCAAGGACCCUUCAGCGCUUGCACUUUGGAGACGCAUGUGUUUUGCUCUUGCUCGUCAAGGCGGCAGCGAUGAUAUUGAGAGAGCAGUUUAUGGGGUGCUGUCAGGAGACAUCCCUAGCGUGCAAAGAGUGUGCAAAACUUGGGACGACUUCAUGUUCAUGCAUUACAACGCUCUGAUUCGCACGCAGUUCGAUGCUUUCCUUCUCAGCCAAUGCUCCCCGGAAGUGUCAGCAACCAUCCGCUCAUCAUUCGCCGCUUUCGACGCAGUUCAGUUCCACGGUGAUGCUGCCACGUUGGAGCAGCGCUUGAUCCACAACCUCGAGAUAAGCCCGCACACGGGCAAGGAAGCCUUGGAACCUUCCAAAGCACUGCAGGCCGCCAUUAUUUCGAAAGACUUACAACGCCACUUCUACGAGCAAGGCGUUGCCAUCACACAGAAAGCAAAUUCAAAGGAGGCAUCUGCGCUCAUGCCCGACCAUAGCUGCCGCAACAUCGACGUAGUGGCGGAAAAGUUCGCCGACAUCAAAAAUCCUGAUGGCCUGCGAGUAGCUGUUCAUGCACUCAUCAUCUUUGAUACACUCGAUAAACUUGGGGGGUUGCAAGCGAACGCCGUAACCAUGAGUUCGGAUCAUGAUCGUCGUGAACUACAAGAAAACACGAUUACACAGUACAUCAGCCUCCUUCGUCUAGCAGGCUUGGAGGAAUUGAUUCCCUUGUAUUGCUCUAGGCUUCAUCCAUCGAGAGCCUUCCAAGUGUUGAGCACAAACUUACUUCCCAUCACCGACAGCGACGCUCGUCUAAUCCAGCUCAGCCUCAUUCGCAAAGCAGAGCUGGACGUUGUGGAGUUCGUCAAGGCGCAACCACGGUUCUUGUUCCAGAAUAUGGGCCCCAACACUGCUCAAGACCAAACAAUGCGGGAGUUCCAGAUCAUGGACAAUGGCCCGGCGUCUUUGAAGUACGGACGUUCCAUCAAAACAGACUUCUUUGGGGAAGAUCCCGAAUCCAUCGAUCCGGUCGAUGAACGAUUGAUCCGGUCAAUGGAAUGGCUGCUACUAGUCGACGAGGCCUGGCCCUAUGUCUUCUCCAUCGGUGUGGCGGUUUACAAGUAUUUCCUGAAAGCCAUGCAUUUGAAUGCUGCCAGAAGCCUUGCGAACCGUGUACCAUUCAGCAGCAUUAUGCGGACAAGCGAAUCCUCUGAACAAGAAGAGAAUGACCUCUGGUGGACAGAAGAUGCAGAAUUCUGGACUGACCAGGUCGAAGCUGCGGGUGCAAUCAACCUUUCGCCAAGUCAAGUUGCAUCGGACGCCAGGGUGUUACACGAACUUGAGUGUCUUGUGAGAGCCUUGGACACAAUGGAAACUGUCGCUUCACUGGCGGAACUGUCAAGAGAGGACCCAUCCGUCAAACGAGAUUUCUGGACGAAGGUUGGCAACGAAGUCAAGUCUGCCAAAGCAAACGUGCGGCCACUGCUCAAUGGUUGGCUGCUUGGUCAAGACGAUGAAGAGUUGAAAGCGUUGCGAGAGGCAUACCUUCCUGAGACACUUCUCGCCUAUGUCAGCACUCUUCAUUUUGCCGGCACGGCGCUAACAAGAGAUAACUUUUUGGAGUGUAUGGAGCUGGCGGCCACCAUUGCGGAGAAGGACUCGGAUGUGGCAGCCUGCUUCACCAAGGCUGGGCGGAUGAAGGAAUUGGUUGAGUGUUUUGCUACCUGCAGCAAAGCUCUGGCAGUUGCCUCGGGCGAAAAGAAGGCGGCCAGUUCAAGCAGCAAGAAGCUACGUGAAAUGGGGUGGUCUCGGGAUCUUUGGUCCGUAAAGCACUGA